AUGAUCUUCAGAAGUAAUAAUAAACUGAUAGGAGACGGAGAGCAGUCCAUUCAAAGUGAAAAGAAUAUUGGAUCUUUUUCCAAUGACGAUGAGUUAAAAAGUGUUGUUUCAAGGCAUACAGAAGAUUAUGAUUUAUUCGUGGCCAAAUCCAAUCCAUCAGCAAUCAUUCAAACUGAUGGCCAUAAAUUAAGACAAGCUUUAGAUUCAAGGCAUGUCAGUAUGAUUGCCCUUGGUGGGGCUUUAGGUACUGGUUUAUUGAUUGGUACCGGUAGUGCUUUGAAAACAGCAGGUCCUGGGGCCAUUCUAGUGGCAUAUGGUGCUAUCGGAUUCGUUGUAUAUAUUGUCAUGACUGCAUUGGGAGAAAUUGCCUGUUGGGUGCCGUUAAACGGGUUCGCCAACUACGGUAAGAGAUAUUGUGAUGAAGCGCUCGGUUUCGCUUGUGGAUACACUUAUUUGAUUAAAUACUUGAUCUUGCCAGCUAAUCAACUUACUGCUGGCGCUUUAACGAUGCAGUAUUGGGUAGAUCGAGACAGAGUUAAUCCGGGAGUAUGGAUUACCGUGUUCCUUGUUGUAAUUAUGGUUAUUAACUUCCUUGGUGUGCGUUUCUUCGGGGAAAUUGAGUUUUGGUUGAGUUCAUUAAAGGUUGUGACUUGUUUAGGAUUGAUUAUUCUUUUAUGGGUUAUUGCAUUGGGUGGUGGACCAACUCAUGAUAGAAUUGGGUUUAGAUUCUGGAACGACCCUGGUGCCUUCAUUCACUAUACCGACUCAUCUAAAAACCUUUUCAUUGGUGGAUCAACAGGAAGAUUUGUGUCAUUCGUUGCUGUGUUGGUUACUGCAGUGUUUGCUUAUUUGGGAACUGAAUUGGUGGCCAUUACUUUUAGUGAAACAAGAAAUCCAAGAAGAGCUAUUCCAAAAGCAGUCAAAUUGACAUUAUAUCGUAUCCUUGUGUUCUACGUCUUGUCAAUUUUGUUUGUUGGUAUGUGUGUUUCUGCUAAAGACCCAUUAUUAUUAAAUGCCAAAGGAACUAAUGCCGGUGCUUCACCCUUUGUUAUCGCCAUCAAGAAUGCCAAGAUCGAUGGAUUGGACCAUGUCAUCAAUGCUUGCAUCUUGUUGUUUGUCAUGUCAGCUGCAAACUCGGAUGUCUACGUCUGCAGUAGAGCCUUGUACUCAUUAGCUGCUGAUGGUUAUGCACCUAAAUUUUUCACCAAGACAAACAAGUUGGGUGUUCCAUACUACGGACUUCUUGUAUCGUUUUUGUUCUGCUUGUUAGCAUACAUGAAUGUCUCAUCUGGAUCAGCCGAAGUUUUCGAAUAUUUUGUCAAUGUCGUUUCAUUAACCGGUUUGAUUGCUUGGUCUUGUAUUCUCACAUUCCAUAUUGGGUUCAUGAAAGCAUUAAAAGCCCAAGGUUUCGACAGAAGCAAGGAUACGGUAUACCGUUCACCUUUACAGCCUUAUGCCAGUUAUGUUUGUUUAGGAGUUUGUUGCAUUGUCAUUUUGAUCAAGAACUUCACCGUGUUCCUUGGUGAUUCCUUCACUUACAAGAAUUUCAUCACUGGAUACAUUAUUCUCCCUGUGUUUUUCAUUUUUUUCUUUGGAUACAAGUUUUGGAAAAAGACCAAAUGGUUAUCGCCAACUGAGGUUGACUUGGACACAUUCAGAGAUGUGGUUGAUGCUGAAUUUUCGCAAUAUGAAGCUGAAGAUGCUGAGAGAAAAGCAGUUAGAGAAGCAGAAGGAAUUAAAUAUGACAAGGAGUGGUUCUAUGAGAAAUUCUUGGGAUGGAUUUUUUAA